UGAUGGAGCUGGGCGUGGGCUCUACACUCAUCCCCUCUUCUCUCUGUGGAAGCACAUUGUUCAACGCGGGCUCAUUUUACCCAGAACCAAUGAAUGCCUUGGUGUAUUUUAGCUACUGAAAAUUAAACACUUUCUGGGAGAGAAUACGGUGCAGAUAUCUGAAGGCAGCGAGAAGCAGACCAACAACAUUUUGUUUCCUUCUGAUUAAUGCUGAGAAGCAACAGAGUUGAAAGAUUUUUUCUUCUUCUCCGGUAGACGAAACGUCGCUCUUGCCGCUAAUUAGACCUCUGCUUAUUCAGUGUGCGUGUGUGUGUGUGUGUGUGUGUGCGUGUGUGUGUGUGUGGUGAACUGCAGCGGCAAAGAUGACAGAGUAUAAGCUGGUGGUGGUGGGAGCUGGAGGCGUGGGCAAGAGUGCACUUACCAUCCAGCUCAUCCAGAACCACUUUGUGGAUGAAUAUGACCCCACCAUAGAGGACUCAUACAGGAAACAGGUUGUGAUUGACGGGGAGACAUGCCUGCUGGACAUCCUUGACACUGCAGGUCAGGAGGAGUACAGCGCCAUGAGGGAUCAGUACAUGAGGACAGGGGAGGGUUUCCUCUGUGUCUUCGCCAUCAACAACACCAAGUCUUUUGAGGACAUUCACCAGUACAGAGAACAAAUCAAACGUGUAAAGGACUCUGAUGACGUUCCCAUGGUGCUUGUGGGAAACAAAUGUGACCUUCCGGCACGCACAGUCGACACACGGCAAGCCCAGGAACUCGCCCGCUCCUAUGGCAUACCUUACAUCGAGACCUCUGCCAAGACACGACAGGGAGUAGAGGAUGCCUUCUACACACUGGUUAGGGAAAUCAGACAGCAUAAGUUGAGGAAGUUGAAUCCACCUGACGAGAGCGGUCAGGACUGUAUGAGCUGUCGCUGUGUGGUAUCGUGAUGCAGCAGAAUGUUGCACGUUUAGGAGAAAUGCUGCGGCGAGUGGUGGCAGCAUGGACUUAAAGAUAGAAAGAUGAAACAAGUCAAUGCUGAAAUAUUAACGUUUUUCAAAAAAAUGACGAUUGAAGCAAAAGCUCACAAGGAAACCACCAGAGCUGACUGAACCAUAUAUAUUUAUGGAAAGGAGUUUUUGGACUGUUGCCUAAGUGGCUCAGUGAAUUAGCUCGGUCCGGCCCCCUUUUUUUUCAGUCCACAUGGCGACCUGUGAGCAACAUCACUAAUGACUCUCCGUCAACUCCAGUGUGGACUCGCUGGGCAGCUCCACAAGUUUCCUGCUAACUUAUUGAUUUCAGUCUCAACACUGGUCUUAAAGGGGGGUGUCUCUGCGUUGACCUCCUCCCAGCCUUGAAAGCCUAAUUCCACUCCACAUGCUUGCCCACUGGAAGGACUGACUCACUGAAUUGGAAAGGACUGGAAUGGACAGUUACUCAGACAUGUCUCACAUAAAUAACCCCAGCUCCAUCCCACUCUACCUGCCUUUGGUUUCUCUUGAAUGGCCGCGUCGUCCCUUCACUAUACUGGAUACCAGAGGAUGGAGGAUGACACAGGAGUGACUAUAAUUUGAUGUUGUUGUUUAACAAUUAGCCUAGCUGUAAAAAGAAAUCUUUUUGUUUUGUUUUUGAUAUGAAACUUUUUUUUGUGAUUGCAGAAUUUGAAAGUCACCGAGCAAUAUGUGAGCAAAGGUGUUUAUUUCAGAUGACACCUGGUUUGAGUUUUUUUCAUGAGCUGCCUGAUGUAAUCAGAAUUCCUUUUUGAACAGAAAUGCUGAAUGGAGAAUGUAAAUAUCCAGAAUGCAGCUGCCUUUUCUCCUUACAGAUGUUUCUUUGCAAAGAGUUGUCUUUGUGGAAUAAUAAUAGUGAUGGCUAGUGCACAUAGGUUCUGGUGCAAUAGGAUUCUUUACUGUCCACAAGAUAUUGGGAAUAAACCACCUCUCAUGGCCACUCACUUCCUGUUUUACUUUGGAAGGAAGAGGCACUGUGCAUGAAAAUGUAUUUGUUGUUUUUCUGGUUGCCUGACUAUGUUGCCUGUAGAAUCGGAGGAAAACCCUACACUUCUACAUUUAUACAACAACAGAUUAUGGGUUUGGAUAAAAUGACAACCAGAUGAUUCUUGUAGCUUUUCAUCUCAGUAAAUGUGCAGUAGGUCUUAUUUACUACACGGAGAUAACAGCUAAUUUCAGAGUCCCUCCUUGUGGAUAAUGAGACUCAGGAAUCAGGGUCCAGGAAGGUGUCAUUUACCCAUCUUGGAAACCUGAGUUAAAGGAUGUCAGCAGUGAGCUUUGCAGAGUGUAACGCACACGUCCUGCCUCAGAACAUUGUUUUUAUUUCCACACACCGUACUAUCCUCAAACUGUUCCUCUCUCUCUGCCACCUCAGCUCUACAAUGGGACAAAAGCAGGUCAGGUGCUACUCAUGUCAGAACCAUUCUUUCUUUAUAAGUGGGACUAUUGUGUGUAAUAGGUGAUGGAUACUGGGUUAUGUACGUGCAUUCCUUGCUUCUUAAUACUGACUAGCUUGUGCUCUCCACGACUGCAUUAAUUUGCUUUCCUAAAUGAAAAAGACUGCUCUGUGUUUACUUUGCCUUAUCUGUUAGAUAGUUUGUACCUCAUGUAUGCAGCAAGCGCUACCUGAGAUGUGUUCUGUGGGCUGCAUUGUGUGUGCGUUUGUUAUAAAAAUAUAGAGGUGUGUUAACUUUAGACAUGCGCUGUACAGGAUUUGAAAGACAAGUCCCUAAAAACACUACUUUUUUUUCUGUAAUGGCACGUGCAUCUGAAUGCGAUUGUGUUUUACAAGACUGAAAAACAAGAAAAUUUUAAAGAAUUUUUAAGGCAAAACCCAGUAUAAGUCAAGUUGUCGUGCGGCCAUGUUUAUAUGAAGCUUCAUUCCCUUUACAACAUGUGAUGGUGAUUGCUAGGAACUGUUACUUUUAGUCCACAUCUUACUUUAACAGUUCAGACUAGAUGGGUCGUGUAUGAUAAUGUUCAGAGUUUUAAACAUUUCAAGCAGAAUUUUGUGAGAGGCUUCAGGUGUGAACCUCAAGAUGUUUGAAAAGGAGUGAAAUGUUUUGUCCUUAUCUCCUUUCCAGGGAAAUUUUUAUUUUCUGGCCUAAUUGAUUUUGUACAGUUUAAGUGACUUUUUUUCACUCAUAAAACGGCAUAAAAAAUAUGAUCAGUCUAGUUGCUGUGUGAAUGGUAGAGGUCAAGUUGUUUUUAUUGGUUAUCUUUUCAUUUUUGUAGCUGGAGGAAGGGUAUCAACUGUGAAUGUGUUUGAGUCUUUCGAUAUCGUUUGAAAGAAGCCUCGUGUUUAUAAUUUACUCUGUUGAAAUAAUGCAAUUGAUCCUUGGUCCCACUUUUGGCUGUGUUGUUCCUAACUUUCAUUUUUCACCCAUUUCACUAAAACUUUUUAAUGGGAAAAGAGUGUGGCGUUUGUAACAUGUAAUGGCAGUUCUGAUAAUGUGCUUGUCCUGUCCCUGUUGAUCUUUAAACAGUACAUCUGUAAUAAAAAAAAUAAUGAUAAUUAUAAUACCAUAGAAUUCCACAAAUCUGUGUAUUCAAAUUCCCAUUGCAUUAAAAUGUCAGCGUCAUGUCGCCGCAGGGAUACUCCAGCCAGCAAACCACAAAUAUACAUUUCAGCAAACCUGGCGUGCAUGACAAAGACUGUACAGACCAUUGGGAGAGUUGCACAAGGAUUCAGUGGGCUCGAGGGCUUGUUUCUCCCUUGCAAACUGUGGAAGGAACUGUGUGGAAAUGUCAACUGUUUAGCUAUUUAAGAUGUAUUUACUCUUUGAAAAUGUGGCAAAUGUAUUGCAGGAGAUGAAUAAAGAUGUCAGUAUGAAA